CCGGAAGUAAUUAUGUUUUCGUGUGCAAGAAGCUAGCUGACAUCGGCUGCGUUAUCUUUCUUUACUGUCAGAGAAGAAAGGCUAUGUAACAUUAAGUGAUCCUCAGCAAAUAGUUUAUCCAGAGAUGUCCAUGUCCCAUCUGUAUGGUCGGAGGGGGGAAGAGGAGGAGGAAGGCGUAGAGAUUGAGAGCUUUGAGGUGACAGACUGGGACCUGGCGAAUGAAUUCAACCCAGACCGCCGCAGACACAAGCAGACCAAGGAGCAGGCCACCUAUGGUAUCUGGGCUGACAGGGACUCUGAUGAGGAUGAGAGGCCUAGCUUUGGAGGCAAGAAAUCUAAAGACUAUACUGCUCCAGUCAACUUUGUGAGUGGUGGUCUGCGUAAGGCUGCAGCUGAGGAGAAACAGCAUGAGCAAGAUGUGGGGUCUGAUGACUCUGAUGAUGAUGCUCCUUCAGCACCUCGUGCCACUGCACCCAAAAAACUUCAGAUGGGUAAUUUCCGUGGGAACCAGUCACAGAGGUUUGCAGGUGGCAUACAGUCUGGUCAAGGCAUUGGUAGCUGGGAGAAGCACACAAGGGGGAUUGGACAGAAACUUCUGCAGAAAAUGGGCUACCAGCCAGGCAAAGGCCUGGGCAAGAAUGCUCAAGGUAUUGUAAACCCUAUUGAGGCGAAGAUUCGUAAAGGCAAGGGAGCAGUGGGUGCUUACGGCACUGAGCGAACCCAGCAGAGUCGUCAGGAUUUUCCUGUGGUUGACUCAGAUGAAGAGGAGGAAAAAGAGUUUCAGAAGGAGCUAGGCCAGUGGCGUAAGGAUCCUGCUGGGUCUGGGGCAAAGAAGAAGCCCAAAUACUCCUACAGAACUGUUGAUGAGCUCAAGGCUAAAGGCAAAUUGGCAGGGCGGAGCACAGCAGCAUCCGCUGGAGAGCUGGCACAGGUCAAGGUAAUCGAUAUGACUGGGAGGGAACAAAAGGUCUAUUACAGUUACAGUCAGAUGACCAACAAACACAGUGUUCCAGAUGAAGGUCCACCGAGUAUAUCCACUCGAGAUCAGAAGGGGUCUGGCUUUGCUCUCCCUGAGCUUGAACAUAACCUGCAGCUACUGAUAGAUCUUACAGAACAGGACAUAUUACAGUCUGCCAGACGUCUACAGCAUGAAAAAGAUGUAGUUGUGUCUCUGAGACACGAGUCACAAGCACUGCAGAGCAGACUGGAUGUAGAGCAAGAUGCCAUCCAAAGAAUAGAGGCCGUAUUGGCACUGGUGGAGCGUUUUCCUUCUGGAGAGACGGCACCGGGCGAGGGACCUACCUUGCAGGAGUGUGCCCGCAUCUUUGAGACCUUACAGACAGACUAUUACGAAGAAUACAAGACAAUGGGAUUGGCAGAUCUGGCUGUAGCUGUUGUUCAUCCAUUACUCAAAGAAAAACUUCGUUCCUGGGACCCACUGAAGGACAGCUCUUACUGUCUGGAAGACAUUGGUCAGUGGAGAGCAAUACUGGAAUCAAGGGACCUACAUUCCAGUGUCCCAGAUUCAAAUAUGGACCCUUACCACAGACUGUUGUGGGAAGUGUGGAUCCCAGUGAUGCGGUCCUGUGUGUUAGGCUGGCAGCCUCGUAUGGUCGGCCCAAUGGUGGACUGUGUGGAACUGUGGGCUCCUCUCCUCCCCCUGUGGAUACUGGAUAACCUGUUGGAGCAACUGAUCUUACCUCGGCUACAGCGAGAGGUGGAUAACUGGAACCCUUUAACUGACACAGUGCCCAUCCACUCUUGGAUCCAUCCUUGGCUGCCUCUUCUCCAGACACGCCUAGAGCCUCUCUACCCGCCAAUCAGGAGCAAACUUUCCAACGCAUUACAAAGGUGGCAUCCCAGUGAUGCCUCAGCCCGCCUCAUCCUGCAGCCAUGGAAAGAUGUCUUUACACCAGGUGCAUGGGAGGCUUUCAUGGUGAAAAACAUUAUCCCUAAGCUAGCUUUGUGUUUGGAAGAGCUGGUGAUCAACCCUCACCAGCAGCAGAUGGAGCCAUUUCACUGGGUGAUGGAUUGGGAAGGCAUGCUGUCUCCCUCCAGCCUUGUGUCCCUGCUUGAUAAAAACUUCUUUGCAAAAUGGUUGCAAGUGCUGUGUUCAUGGCUGAACAAUAGCCCUAACUAUGAGGAAAUCACUAAAUGGUAUCUUGGUUGGAAAAGUAUGUUCAGUGAUGUCUUGUUGGCACAACCACUCAUAAAAGAAAAAUUCAACGAAGCUUUGGACAUCAUGAACCGUGCAGUGUCUUCAGGCAUGGGUGGCUAUAUGCAACCCGGUGCAAGGGAGAAUAUUGCAUAUCUCACACAGACAGAGAGACGGAAGGACUUCCAGUAUGAAGCAAUGCAGGAACGCAGGGAUGCCGAGAGUGUGGCUCAGAGGGGCAUCAGCACUGGUGUGCCAACUAAUUUUAAAGAUCUUAUCCAGACCAAGGCAGAAGAGAACAAUAUUGUCUUUAUGCCCUUAGUAGCCAAACGGCAUGAGGGCAAGCAGCUAUACACAUUUGGGCGUAUUGUUAUCUACAUAGACAGAGGGGUUGUGUUUGUGCAAGGAGAAAAAACAUGGGUGCCCACAUCGCUGCAGAGUCUGAUAGAUAUGGCCAAGUGAGGGUGGACAGUGAUUCCUUGGUCUGCCAAGUGUAAAAAGGCGAGUAGUGGAGCAUAUGUUUGCUUUUUAUGUAACUUUAGUAUAGUGAAACCUUGCCAUGUGGUUUUGUAAAUUUUUAAAAGAUCAGAACUGUGAAUAAAUACUUUUUGAUUUGGUUUUCUCUGUC